UCCACAUUACUACCAACCAUGGACAACCACUACUAUACCAUGAAUCCUAUGGGUGCCGGAUAUUACCCCAAUGGACAACCCAUGAUCCCCUCGGAAGGCAUGCCACCAGACGGAGUCAUGAUGCCGGAUGGCUACGUUCCAAGACUCUAUCAAAUACCGAGCAUCUCUCAGGAGAACCUAAAUAGCUACUCCGAUAUCGAGGAUCCUAGCCGCGCGUCAGUAUCACAACAAGGAGGGUCGCGUGGUGGUAAAAGGCGAUCCGUCACAGGGGCGGAUCACGUCAAACACCGUAGAACGCGGAGAUGUCGCAAAGGCAAACGUGAAUGCCACUAUCCCGAACCUACCACAGGCUCAUCAACAAAGUCCUCAAAAGGCAACAAAAGUAAAGGCUCCGCUGGCGAAGCCUCAAACUCCUCGGGUGAAGACUACGACAACAACGAAGCCGACAGACUACCUUCCAUCCCGGACGACGAAGAGAUUGAAGAGGGUACCUCAAGUUUGUGUUCGAAGGAGGAUCGCAAACUGUCCGAUGCGUCUUCCAACUCGAGGGACCAAAGUCCUCUGAUCAAGAGCCCCGCGACCACCGACAGCUCCAUCGCAUCAACUCGACCCACUACACGCCCGCAAGUUGUCCGCCAAAGCUCAAGAAAAUCGCUCAAGUCCAAGCAACCACCAAAUAGCAAGUGGACACAUUUGCCGAAAGAUGUCAAAUUCUACAUGACUUACCACCGAGAAAAACUGACGCACCAACACUAUGCCAUGAAGUACGACAGUGGAGAUUUCUUGAAGACAACGUUCUUGGAAAUAGCACUUGGUUACGAGCCACUUCUCUAUGCAAUCACCGCAUUCUCUGCCUAUCACCACACACUUAUGAAGCCAAACGGCAAACUCUCGAGCUUCCUAGGUUACUACAACAAGUCGGUUUCUUUACUACGUCAAUCUCUGGAGAGGAGUCCGCGGCAUACCGUGGCCACCCUACUCACCAUCCUGCAGCUGGCCACUUUUGAAGAAUUCCUGGGCGAUUGGGUUAACCUGAUGGGUCAUCAAAGGGCUGCUUACGAGAUCCUCACCGAGCUCUUCACACCACAAACCAUCAUGCAGAGCGAAACACACCGCAAAAUCAUCUCGUGGUACAUUCGAUUCGACCUCUUUGCCGGCUUCAUGCAUGGCUACGGAAUGGUUCUGUCCCGUGACUGGCAUGUGGCGUGCAUGGAGUUUUAUGUUCGACAGGCGAGAGACAAGCCUCGCGACCUGGGAUCUGUGUUUGAGGAGAAGUUUGCGCGGUCGAGGCUGCUUGCUACCGACAUUUCUCUGCUUUUCGCACGAGCCAAGACAGAAGGGCCAAGUCAAGAGCUCAUUAUGGAUAUGGGUGAACUCACCGCUCAACUGGACAGCUAUGCUCACGAGCUUGAAGCCGCUUUCAAAGAUACACGGACAUAUGUCAAGGAGUUCCCCAAUGCGCCAAAGGGAGAGUGGGAUGAUGUGGUCGGCUCGACAGACCCGGAAUUCCUAUGGGCAGGAGACCUGUUCACAUGGAAUUUCAUCCUGAUCGACUUCUGGGCCAUCCAUUUGCUCUUCAAGUCGCAGGUUGCGCAAUUCGACCCCACGGUGGGCGGAGAAGAGGUGGUAGCCACGGCUUUCAAGGCGUGCAAGAUGUUCGAGGCGCUACAGUAUUGCGGCGAGGACUCGACGGCCAUGGUCCUUGGCGCACAGGCAAGUCUGGGUAUGGCUGCCGCAUGCAUGCCCAAGGAUCAACGACACACCAUGUGGUGCCGCAACAAGUACGCUCAAAUCGAGCAAUGCGGACAACGUAUGACUGGCGUCUGGGGCGUCGAUGUGAUGCGUUGGUGGCUUCCCAACGACGAAGGCUACUACCCCAUCCUCCAAGCCGUGCGCGAGUUUAUCGACUACCGCGCGCGGGUGCCGCAGGACAAUGUGCAGUCGGAUCUGCGCGACAUGAAGGGUCUCUUCAAAGCACUGCAGCUAGAUGACACCGACUCCAAGCAGAGUGCGGGCAGUGCAGGGGGCACGGAUUCAUCGGAUCCAUUCGACUUUGAAGCUGCUGAAAAUAUGCCGUGGGAGAGCAGUCCGGAGAUGAGCUGGCCCUGA